GGCUCGCAUCACAGAAGUCACCUUUCAAUUGGUAUCUCGACUGCAGCCAUAGUGAUUAGCUAAGGGUGCUUCUUAAGGAACUUUACCCCAACCUACUAGCCGCUUUGGUGGUGGGUCCGCCGAAUUUUCUAGCAUUUGCUGCCCGCAGCGUCACGCCAGCCUGAUCAUGCAUAAGUUACCUACAUACAACAUAGAUACGUUCUACACACCCUCACUCCUGUCUGUACGAGUAUAACCCAGCAAGCUUCAAAUUGAUUCCACAGUGCUCUUCUGUCCUAAUAUUUUUGUCACCCUUGCCCUCAGUGGUUUCAUUUCUUCUAUCUCUUCCUGCUCGAACAUAACCUCCGUUCACUAAGACUCCAGUAUGGCGGACGCCCUCAAGGCGGAGGGAAACAAGGCUUUCGCUGCCAAAGAUUUCAAACUUGCAGCCGAAAAAUUCUCCCAAGCAAUCGAACUAGAUCCCACAAACCACGUCCUCUACUCCAAUCGCUCCGGCGCAUAUGCUUCCCUCAGAGACUAUGAACAUGCCCUUGAAGAUGCAGAAAAGACUACCGAAAUCAAGCCCGACUGGGCAAAGGGCUGGGGGCGUAAAGGUGCUGCUCAGCAUGGUCUAGGCGACCUUCUUGGUGCAAAAGACGCUUUUGAUGAAGCAUUGAAGCUGGACCCCUCGAAUGCCCAAGCGAAAUCAGGCCUCGAAGCCGUCGACAGAGCUAUUGAGGCUGAAGCCCGUGCCGAUGGCGCCGAUGCCGGCAUGGGUGGUCUUGGAAACAUGUUCAACGAUCCUCAAUUGAUCCAGAAGCUCGCCAACAAUCCCAAGACCGCAGGUUACCUCGCCGACCCCCAGUUCAUGUCCAAGCUGCAACAAUUAGCCAAAAAUCCAAAUGAUAUGGGCCAGGCGCUCGGUGAUCCUAGAUUCUUACAGGUCAUGGGUGUCUUGCUCGGUGUGGACAUGCAGAUGGGCAUGCCACCGGAGGGUGGACCGUCUGGAGGAGACAAACCCACGGAAGCAGAAGAAGACGUCUCAAUGCCAGAUGCCCGUCCCCAAUCAAACCCACCUUCGUACAAGAAGGAGCCUGAGCCAGAACCCGAACCUGAACAGGAAGCCGAGGACGAAGAUGCCAUUGCUGCGAAGAAGGCGAAAGAGGAGGCCGAGAACGAGAAGAAGCUCGGAACUGAGAGCUACAAGAAGCGCAACUUCGACGCAGCGAUCGAGCACUACAGCAAGGCAUGGGACCUACACAAAGACAUUACCUACCUCACCAACCUUGGUGCCGCGAACUACGAAAAGGGCGACUAUCAAGCCUGCAUAGAGGCAUGCGAGAAAGCCAUUCAAGAAGGCCGUGAAAUCCUUGCGGACUUCAAGAUCAUCGCCAAAGCCUUUGGCCGUAUCGGCUCAGCCUACGAAAAGUUGGGUGACCUGCCCAAGGCCAUUGAAAAUUACCAGAAGUCACUGACCGAGCACCGUACGCCCGACGUCCUCGCCAAGUUCAAAGCAGCCGAGAAGGCGCAGAUCAUAGCCGAAAAGAACGCUUACCUCGACCCUGAAAAGGCCGAAGAAGCCCGCCAACUUGGUGCCGAGAAGUUCAAGAACGCAGACUGGCCCGGUGCUGUCGAAGCAUACACAGAAUUGAACAAGCGUGCCCCGGAUGACCCACGAGGCUACAGCAACCGUGCUGCGGCAUUGAUCAAACUUUUGGCCUUCCCGACCGCGAUCCAAGACUGUGACGAAGCCCUGAAACGGGACCCCAAAUUCAUCAAGGCGUACCUCCGCAAAGCUCAGGCACUGUUCGGCAUGAAAGAAUACAACAAGUGUCUCGACGUGUGUCAAGAAGCCAUGGAGCACGACGAAGGGGGCAAGAACCUACGCGAGAUCGAGGGACAGCAGCAAAAGGCCAUGGAAGCAAUGUAUUCCUCCCGUGCAGGUGAGACAGAGGAAGAAACGAGUGCGAGAAUCCAGCGUGAUCCCCAGAUCAUGGAAAUCCUCACCGACCCUAUCAUGCAAUCUAUUCUGCAACAGGCCAAGGGCGACCCGGCCGCGUUGAACGAACACAUGAGGAACCCGGGUAUCAAAGCCAAGAUUCAGAAAUUGAUGGCUGCCGGUGUCAUCCGCAUGGGACGGUAGAUGGUAAUACCGCAAUCUGAUGCUGCUGCCACCCGUGCCGGUUUGACCCUGUCUAAGGAAAGACGAUUCACGAAGCACAGGUCGAAUCAUUUCUUCAAAUGGAGUCUUCUUUGAUAUCGACUUUGACAGCAUUUAGCGGGACCGCCAGAAGUGUUUUCUUCUUCCGAAGUGCAGAAUCCCGAGAAAAGUAAUACUUGACGAAUGCCAGAAUAUGUUUUGAUUGUCCA